GAAGGGGGAAGAAUGUUUUGAUUUGACCACCAUCCAUUUAAGAUUCAGCAAUGUCGAAUAGCGCAUUUGGCCCGGUUUUGAGUUCAGGCAUUGGUAUGCCCAAUAUCAUGAAUAGUAGUAGUACUAGUCACAAUAGUAAUAGUAAUAAUAAUAGUAAUAUUCCAUCAAUGAAAGAAGAGCAUACCACCGCUUUAGGCUUGAAAGCUAUUUAUGCAGCUUGUCGAGUGUUAUAUCCUGAUCAACCGACUCCGUUACAAGUUACAGCUGUUCGAAAAUUUUGGAUGGGUGGACCAGAUCCUUUGGAUUUUAUCAAUAUGUAUGCAAAUCCUGGUUCUGUGGAAUUACAAAGUCCUUCACACUGGCAUUAUGUAACUAAUGGUUUAUCUGAUUUAUACGGGGAUUCAAGGUUACACAGUCAUUCUAAUACAACUGAUGGUCCUAGCGGUUUUGGUUUCGAGUUAACAUUUCGUGUAAAACGUGAACCAGGCGAGACAAAUCCACCAACCUGGCCAGCUCAUUUAUUACAAAGUCUUGCACGUUAUGUAUUCUAUUCACAAGCUCAAUUAAUGGCUGGUGACCACAUCCCCUGGCCGACAUCAUUAGAUAAACAACCGAAUUCAGCGCAACAAUCUGAGAAACGACAGUCUCAUCAUCCUUCUCAACAACAACAGACAGAUAAGCAAACGAAUACCGAAGAACUGGAAAAUGCUAGAAAAUCGAUUGCUAUGGCAGCUGCAGCCACUGCAGCGUCUAUCUUAGCUGCUAAUAGCGCCAAAACAGGAAUGACAGCGUCAACAUCAGCUACUCUAUCGGCAUUGACGAAUCCAUCGACGUAUGCAUCAAUGGUUGCAGCGGCUUUAGCUGCUGUCUAUAAUAACAAUAACAGUAGCUCUUCAUCAGCCAACAACACUUCAGAGGAUACUACAAUUAAAGAAAAACAAUCAGCCAAUAAUUCAUCAAGUUCACGUAUUCAUCAUAUGCUGUUAAUUGAAGAUCCUCAGUUGAAAAAGAUAACAACACCAUAUGGUUAUGUUCAAUUUUUACAGUUGGUUGGAUUGUGCGACGAAGAAUUACGUUUAGUACAACGAUGGACUGGUUCACACGUGGCUGAACUGAUGAGUUGUUCCAUUGAAACUGGUGGUGGUCUCCUUGUCACUGAUAUGCGAAGAAAUUUAAGUCUAUUUGAAUUACAACCAAAUCUAGUGGAUUAUAUCAAUGAAAAGUUGAAACGUGAAGGUUCUAAUUUAUCCGGUGUUACUACGUCGUAUUUCGCUUGGUCACCUAUUACAUUGUCAGCGUUAGGUGAACUUUUGCCUGGUGAGUUGGAAUCACGUCGUCUACGUCGUCAAACACAGAAACAUGACUGCCCUUCACCGUCAGCAUCGUUAUCAACGAGUUGUUUGUAUACGUCGAAAACGAGUGGACAAUCGUUGUCUAAAUCGAUUUUAUUCCCUAAUUAUAGUUCUACGCAUAAAUCGGAUACAGAUAUUGGGUCAAAAACAAUAGCAAUGGAUACGGAUGACACAUUAGUUUCAUAUGCAGUGAAGAAACGAAUUGAAGAAGAUGAAUUUGUUGAUAUUGUUGGUGGCAAUGGAGGAGAAGGUAUAGGUGGUGGUGGUGGUGGUCAUGUCGGUGGAGGUGGCGGUGGCAGCGGUGAGGAUGUUGACUCAACAGCAGCACAAAAGUUAACCAGUGAGAAUUAUAUCCACUCAUCAACUACAGCUAUUGGUUCAAUGUCGCCUGAAGUGAAUUCAUCGUUGAAAAUGUCACGUUUUGAGUCGAAAUCACGUAUUCUAUCAUCUAUGAGUAAUCGUAAUGCAGCAGGCGGCACAGAUGGACAAACAAUUAGUGCACCUGGUGGUUUCUCGGCAUGGUGUGGACGAGUAGGACCGAUGGAUAUGUUUAAUCAAUCACCGUUUGGUGGUCGUCAUGGAAUGAAUAAAACCGGUGGAAAUAGUUGUGCAUCCAGUGGAGGUGUAUUCCGUGGUUCUUUAGUCACCUCACCUACAGAGCUGACAAAUUCACUUGGCGGUGCACUUGGAUUUAAAACAUUCAACUCAGAACUACCAACCAAUAUGAUUACGGAUAAAUUGUUUGAUCCGACUACAGCAACUACUACUACGACUACUGAGCCUAAAGGAAGUCGUACUCCGGGUACUGGAGGUGGUGGCAGUGGAAGUACUACUGGGGAUGGAUCUGCUCCAUGCACUCCACUAGCACAUUUAUCACUUUCUCCGGCAAGUUUAGAUAUGAUGCCAACACGUGUUAUUGACUAUUUGGAUGUACAUUUAUGUCGUGAAGCUGGUGAAAUGCUCCCGUUAGCUGUGAAUGAUCGUCUACGUCAUGGUAGACAUUUUACAUUUUUAAAUGCUAAUUAUCCCGAUCAUGCAAUCACAUUAGUUCCAACUGGUGUGUCUGGAGCAUUUGUCAGUGAAGAGACACCAUAUGUUGCUCGUGGACCAUGGUUACAGAUUCUGCUGACAGAUGACUUUUUGGAACAACUGGAAUUUCAAUUUUCAUGUUUAUUAUAUCCAGAUGAAUUACGUCUCCCGUUGGUAUUUCGUUGGCCUGAAAGACACCUACGUAUCUGCUUGAUUGAUGUGAAUUCACCAACCUCUUCAUCUGUAAUACCAAGUGGUGGUUGUGGAGGAAUUAGUAUGCCAACGAAUCCUCUUCCAUCCUCAUCGGCGAUGUCAUCCACUUUGAUGAACUCGAAUACGCCUACAACACCUCCUACUGCUACUACUACUAGUACCAGUGUUUCGAUUACUCCAUCUCAUCCUCAAAGUCACCCGCAUAAUAUUCAUUCUAUUGUAUCGAAGGCAUCGAAUUCCCCGUGUAAUUGGAAUAUAUCAUCAAUGUUUGAGAAUAAAUUAUUAUCGACUAGUGGGACACCUUCUUCAGUUAUACCACCACCACAACAACGACAACAGCAGCAACAAAAUGCAUUUACAAAAACUGAUUUAUUAUUCCCUUCACCAUCAGCAUCGUCGUCAUUAUUUUCAUCAUCUGCAUCGUUAUUUCCACCGGGAUGUAUCCCACCGCCGAAUGUUUUAGCCUCUUUAUUCAGUUCCUCAGCCGCUAGUAAUAUGAAUAGUAAUAAUAAUAAUAGUAAUUCUGGAAGCAUUCAUAGAAGUACCAAUACUACUACUUCUACUACCAGCAAUAUUCCGAGUAGUAAUACUACAAGUAAUAACAAUGAGUCAUCUCAAACAGAAUUACUAAGAAAUCCUUUUCUCCAAUCAAUAACUUCUUUACAACAAACCCCGUUGGCACCAACAAUGCCAGUUCCAUCGCCAGUACAUCCUCAACAGCCACAGUCAUCAUCUUUGCCAUGUUCAACAGACUCUGGUGUAAUGAUGAAAAUGGAUCCAACUGUCUUUAUGAAUAAUUGGUCAACAUUUUUACAAACACUCAUGAAUAACAGUGGUAAUGCAGAUCUGUUUAGACAGACGAUGUUCGGCGGUCAUCCUAGUAAUCCUAGUGCUUAUUUUAUGGAAAUAAUGCAAAGUAUCCUGAAUAACAGUAGUAGUAGUAGUAGUAAUACUGCUAAUAAUAAUAGCGGUACUAAUCCCAGUGUUAUGCUGCAUCAUCCACUGACUGCUAUUACAUCAUCCGGUGGUGGUGGUGGUGGUGGUGGGGCAGGAUUACCGUCUGCCGGCGCCUCCUCCGCCUUUGUCGUCGUCAUUAUCAGUAACUAGGCAUUUUUAAACAAAAAACCUAUUGAAUAUGAAUCAAAGUUGAGCACAGCGAUAGUGUUUACUCAUUCAUUCAUUCAUUGGCAGGGAAUUACUAAUAAUGACAAUGAUAAGUGGGGAUCCGGGCAGACAAAAGACGACCCUGAAUGUUAAGUAAUCUCUUUUUAUUUCGUCAUGUUUUCAAGUUGUGCACUUACUAUCCUUGAAUUUAUAUCUAAUAUUAUAGUUUAUUUAAUGAGCACAUAUUUAUUUAUAUGUAAUUUCAUUGAUUUCUUUCAUUGUCAUUAUUAUCAUCAUAGUAGGUAGAUAGGUAGUGGUACAUUUAACUCUAGUAAUAUUUAAACUUUACAACUAUUAUUAGUAUUAAUAUUGUUAUUUUUCUCAUUGAGAUGACUAAAAAGUACACUUAAGCGCCAUUCGACAGAUAGAUAGACAGAGAAAGCGCCAUUUUUACCCUUCAACCGGUAUUCUUCACUCUUAUGCGCCGUAUAUAUUCCUUCUUCUUUUUGUGUGUUUUAUUGCGUAAUUACCCCGGUUAAAUACAAUAAUGAUGUAAGAAUACAUCAUACAUCACCCUUGAAACUACCCUUGAUUGAUAUUGAACUUUAAAAUAUCACUCUGUCACAUUAUUUCAUAGCAUUCACAUGCCUGGACGGUGGACCCCCGUGUGCCGUCAUUUUGAUAUUUUCUCUUUUUGUCAUUGUGUUAGCAUAUAUAUAUGUAUUAGCCCUUUGUGUGUUUGUGUCUAUGUGUCCCUCUGAGGGUGAAUGAGUGAGUCUGUAUGUACUUCCGGUGGUUAACCGUACAACGAGGCAGUAGUAUUAUUAAUUACUGCUUCACAUAUAUUUCAUUGCGCCUUUCCCCAACCUACCCCUCAUAUUCACAUACGUAUAAUUGUAAUUGUAUUAUAUAAUUUUACCAUAGUAUACUGUAAUUGGUUUUUUCCAUAUUUUUUUCCGAAUUCUUUAGUUGUUUUAAUUUUUACUUAUAUUGUAUUGUAUUGUUUUAACUAUGCCUUUUUAUUCUAUUAUAUUGAAUAAUUAAUAAUAUUUAUUAUUAUUAUUACUAUUAUUA